UUUUCCAUAUCUUUUGGAACAAAUCAAAGCUUCAUUUUCCUUCACCAUUUUGAGCCUCUUUUUCAUCUCUUUCAAUGGAACCUCGUUUUCUGCUCACAUUUGCCUUCAUCUCCGUUGCGUCCGUGGUUAGUCAUGCCACUCUCUCGGCCGAACAAUAUUGGAGUUCUAUGCUACCAAACACUCCGAUGCCGAAAUCCAUCAAAGAUCUCCUUAGUUCCGACUUUCUAGAAGAUAAAAGUACUUCAGUGAAUGUCGGAAAAGGCGGGGUUAACGUGCAUGCCCCAAAAGGAAAGCCCGGCGGCACCUCCGUCGGCGUCGGCAAGGGAGGUGUCAACGUCCACACCGGUCACAAGGGGAAACCAGUGUACGUUGGAGUUAAGCCAGGCUCUAAUCCCUUCGAUUAUAUUUAUGCAGCAACAGAAGACCAACUUCAUGACGACCCCAACGUAGCUCUCUUCUUCUUGGAAAAAAAUCUACGCCCGGCCACAAAACUCACCCUCCAUUUCCCCAAAACUUCACUGCCAGAAUCCACUUUUUUACCCCAUCAGGUCGCCAAAAAUUUACCCUUCUCGUCUCAUAAACUUCCCCAAAUCUUCGACCAAUUCUCAGUCAAACCCACGACUUUAGAAGCCGAGUUGAUCGAGAGGACGAUCAAGGAAUGCGAAGCACCCAAUAUGGUCGGAGAAGACAAGUAUUGCGCUACAUCGUUGGAGUCUAUGGUCGACUUUAGUAUUUCUAAGCUGGGAAAUAAGGUGACGGCGAUCUCGACACAAGUCGAGAAAGACACGAAUUUGCAAGAGUUUACGGUUUCGGGUGUGGCGAAGAAAUCGGUGCACGACAAAGCUGUUGUCUGCCACAAGCAAAGCUACCCAUACGCUGUAUUUUACUGCCACGCCACACAGCACACGCGAGCUUACAAGGUUAGUUUGGUCGGUGCUGACGGGACGAGAGUUGAUGCCGUGGCAGUUUGUCACACCGACACGUCGGCUUGGAACCCGAAGCAUUUGGCYUUCCAAGUUCUGAAGGUGAAGCCCGGAACCGUCCCUGUUUGCCACUUCCUCCCACAAGACCAUGUCGUGUGGGUCUCAAAUUAGAAUUAAAUAAUAUUUAAGUGUUGAUGGUCGACACAAACCUGUCCAAUUUUUAACGGUGGUCAAUAUCGAAAACAUGGGUUGACCAAAUCAACACUUAGUAUUAUUGUUCUUCAAAAUAUAGGAAUAAAAGAAAAAACUAUAGCACUUGUCCACAUGCUAUAUGGGUUACAAGUAAACAAAAUACUUUUCUUUAAAUACUAUUAUCAUAAAUGACACUAUUUUAUCAGGUGA